AUGUUAGAGCCUAUGAACAGAACAAACUUUCUAACAUCGUUGUGAUUAUCUGCAUUGUUUGAAAUUGAGCAUUAAAAAUACUCUUAUUUCAGGAAACUGCCAGAUAGAUUUGGUAUUUCUGGCGGUCUCUAUGUAAUUUCUUCAAAAUGUUUGACUCUGGUUACAAGUCACAGUAUAUUGGAGGCCAGAAGGAGAAGUUCGUAAGGUUGGAUGAUCUGGAUUCGAAUUUGUCGUAUCAAUCAAGCUCAAGUGGGAUGAAAAAAUUAAGAUUCAAUUUAGAUUCUCUGCCAAUUCCUGGUCGUGGAAGAAAAAGAGCAUCGAAAUCGUUUAAGCUAGGAGUGAAGAAGGGUUCGGAUGGACUAAAAACAUUUGGAAGAUCACUCAAGAGUGGGGUGACUACAUGGGCAGUGUUCCCUGAAGACCUUAAAGUUUCAGAGAAAAAAGUGUUUGAUCCUCAAGACAAGAACCUUCUGUAUUGGAACAAGUUUUUUGAGAUUCUAUGCAUUUUUUCUGUGGCUUGUGAUCCCUUCUUCUUUUAUCUUCCUUAUUUCAACCACAAAUCAUUUUGCCUCGCCAUAGACAAUGAGCUAGCAAGUUUUGCUGUCACAUUGAGAACAAUAUGCGAUGCCGUUUAUCUUAUCCGCAUAAGUUUUCAGUUCCGCACUGCUUACAUCGCACCAUCAUCUCGGGUAUUUGGACGAGGUGAACUUGUCAUAGAUCCUACACAGAUUGCCAAGAGAUACUUACGACGUUAUUUCAUCAUUGACUUCGUUUCUGUGCUCCCUAUACCACAGAUUGUAGUGUGGAAAUAUCUUUACAGAUCAGGACGUGUAAAGGUCUUGGAAACAAAAACGUUACUGCUAAGAAUUGUGAUUCUGCAAUAUUUUCCAAGAUUUAUACGUUUUUUACCUUUAGCUUCUGAAGUUAAAAAGACAGCUGGUGUUUUUUCUGAGAACGCACUGCUCGGGGCCAUGUACUAUUUGAUAUGGUAUAUGCUUGCUAGUCACGUAAGUUCAACUCUUGGAUAUAGCAAACUAAAUCGUCUCCUUCAUUCUUCUGACAAUUCUCCAAUGUCACAGAUAACUGGCUCUUGCUGGUACUUACUAGCCAUUGAACGUAAUGACACCUGCUGGAAGAAUGCUUGUAGAGCAGUUGAAGGGUGCAAUAUACAUUUCUUGUACUGUGCGAAUUCGAACAAGCGUAUGCCAGGGUAUGACACUUGGAGAAAUGUUAGCGAAACUGUUCUGAAAAGUCAGUGCUAUGUGGAGGAUGGUUCCUCAGAAUUUAGCUAUGGCAUCUUCUCUCAAGCUAUAGAGUCUGAUAUUGUUGCUUCCAUAGAAGUUUUUCCUAAGUUCUGUUACUGUUUAUGGUGGGGUCUUCAAAACUUGAGUACACUUGGUCAGGGGCUUCUAACCAGUACAUACCCAACAGAGGUUAUGUUUUCCAUAGUAAUAGCUAUCAUGGGGCUUAUCCUUUUUGCUCUUCUGAUCGGAAACAUGCAGACCUACCUUCAAUCGAUGUCAGUUCGUCUUGAGGAAAUGAGGAUCAAAAGACGUGAUUCUGAGCAAUGGAUGCAUCAUCGUUUGCUUCCUCCAGAACUAAGGGAAAGAGUGAGACGCUAUGACCAAUACAAGUGGCUGAACACCCGUGGAGUAGAUGAAGAGAGCAUAGUUCAGAGUCUUCCAAAAGAUCUCAGGAGAGAUAUCAAACGGCAUCUUUGUUUGAAUUUAGUCAGAAGGGUUCCUCUCUUUGCCAACAUGGAUGAACGUUUGCUUGAUGCUAUAUGUGAGCGAUUGAAGCCUAGUUUAUAUACAGAGGGAACUUACAUAGUGAGGGAAGGGGACCCAGUUAAUGAGAUGCACUUCAUCAUACGUGGGCGUCUAGAGAGUGUCACCACAGAUGGUGGAAGAAGUGGGUUCUUCAACAGAGGUCUUCUGAAGGAAAAUGACUUCUGUGGAGAGGAGCUACUAACGUGGGCAUUGGACCCCAAAUCAGGUGCUAACUUGCCAUCAUCAACAAGAACUGUGAAGGCUAUAAAUGAGGUGGAGGCAUUUGCUUUGGAAGCAGAGGAGUUGAAGUUUGUUGCUUCCCAGUUUAGGCACAUCCACAGCAGACAGGUUCAGCACACCUUCCGUUUCUAUUCACAGCAGUGGAGAACAUGGGCUGCUAUCUACAUUCAAGCUGCAUGGAGGCGGCAUUGCAGGAGAAAGAUAGCAGAACAGCGCAGGAGGGAGGAAGAAGAAUUAUAUGACUCUGAUUAUGACAACAGUGAUGAUUCUGCAAAAGCCUUGGUCAAGCAUUCUGAAAAGGCUGAUUUUCCUUCUUCUAACCUUGGACUUGCUACAACCGUCUAUGCAUCUCGCUUUGCUGCAAAUGCACUUCGUGGUCAUAGGCGUCGUGAUUCAAGUUCCAAGGACAUACUCAAACUCCAAAAGCCCCCAGAACCUGACUUCAGUGAUUAUGAUGAAAACUGAUCCU